CAAACGCUUGCCGUUUUUGCCAUUUUUUUGUCCAUGUAAAAAAGAAGCCGUUUUUGUGCAAUAAGUGAAGUAAUACGAGACACAGAACAGCGUAAAGUUUGAAAUACAUGUUAAAUAUUAGAAUGACGGAAGAGUUUGCCUUUAUUGCCCCAAGAUUUUAUGAUUUUAACUCGCCAGAAUUGUACAAUGACCACGAAAAAAUUGAUUCGUAUUUUGAAAUUGACCAUGAAAAUGUACAGGAAAUAAAGGAAGAAGUUGUGCCAAGUAUGUAUGAAGAUAUUUCUUUUGAGGAAGUUUUCAAUUCCCCAGAAGUUGUUGAAAAUACAAAUACAGAUAUAAAAGAUGAGUGUAAUGAGUCUAUAUUUUACUCCCCAGUGGGCACCAUAUCGGAAGAUGGACAGAAUUGUAGGAGCACAAAUAAGAAAAUAAAACCGGAAAGUGUAAAAGUUAAACUACAAGCAAGAAGUGCUAGUGUUGAAAUUAUAAAACAAAAAAAAGUUAAAAAUGAAGUCAAUGUCCUAAGUAAUAAAAUGAAUGGCCUUAAAUUAAACCCCAAAAACAAUGUUAAAUAUGCAUCAACUGAGAAUUUGUGUAAAAAUCGUGCAUAUGGAUCUACUAAUAGUUUGUCUAGAACUUCAUCGAAAGAGCAUCUAAACAAACUUGCACAGCCAAAGCACAAAUUCUCUUCUGCGGAAAAUCUAAGGAAAAAUGACUUUGUCAGUGUGGCUGAGGCAAUCAAUAAGUUUCACAAAGGUACUCCAAUAAGAUUUAAAAGCAAGCCGAGCAUUUUGCCGUUGUCGUUGAAGACCACCAUACCCCAAUCUCCAGCUUUGAGAACCAAAACUCGGCACAGAGAUGUUACGACUUUGACUAGCGAACAGAGGGAGUUACAGGAGUUCGAGAAUGAACAAAAGUUUAAGAUUAAAGCAAGGCCUAUUAACAAAAAAAUACUUGGACCCAUGAAAGCUAUGCCUUCAGCUAUACAAAAACCUGUCUCAACUAUACCACAGCCGUUUAAAUUGACGUAUGUGCCGCCAAAAAAGGUUCAACCAUCUCCUAAAAAAGAGGUACCGGUAUUUCACGCAAAACCAGCGCCAAAAAGUUUGUAUCAAGAACCAAAGUUAAAUUCAGUUGAGUCUAAGGUAACUGAACCCAAAACCCCAGCUUUCAUGAGAAGAUGCAACUCUUUAAAGAGCCUGAAUUUAGUAGAACCCAAGAAAGAAGAAAAACCGAAACAAACGCAUCCCCCUAGAAAUGAUACUUUUGAGGAAAGGCACAAAAUAGUGCUAAAGAAAAAAGAGGCUCUUGUUAAUAAGGUUUUGGAGGAAGAAAAGAAGGCCAGAGAGUUUCAUGCAAGGCCUGCACCCAGAAAAAUUUACUCUCCAUGCAAAACUUCAUCAAAAGAAAAAUUAAAUAAAUCCAACGAAACUUUGGCUCAAAAUGCGACCCAACCAUCUUUUAAGGCCAGGCCACCCACAGUGCUCUACAAAAAACCGUUUGUACCAAAAAAAGAAGAAACCCAAAUCGUGGUUUCCGAAUUCCACCUGUACAGUGAAAUUCGCGCAAAAGAGCGGGAAGAAUUUGACCGCAAAAGCAAGGAAAAAGAACAACAAACGGAAAUUAUCAGACAACAAAAUGAAGAGAGGCGAAGAAAAAUAGAAGAAGAAGAACGCGUUAAAUUAAGAAAACAGACCGAGUACAAGGCACAACCUGUCAAAAAGUACAAACCUGUUCUCAUUCAGCCCUCCAAAAAGGUCACUGAACCCCUUUCCCCUAAUUUCAUGAGCAACAAGUUUAAACAGGCAAACAAAGAGAAUGUUGUUAACAAUUAUUAGAUUUAUUAUUUUUUAAUUUCUUUAUUUUAUGUUUAGUAAUGUGCCAGCAAAAAGCUGAGCUUUUUGAUUUUAUAUAUAAUCCAAAUAAAAUACUAUUUAGAUAAAGGUAUA